AGACAAUGCGAGAGUAUGGCGGGGGAUGGCUGACGGGCGUCCUGACCGCCGUAUCGCAGGGGAAUGGAGUCCUGGAGAGUUAGAGCCCCUUCUUCACCCUGUGUUUCCUGUUACGGGCCAGGUCAAGGUCCUCCUGGAAGAAAUACUGGAGCGAGUGACAGACGAGUUCAACAUGCCGGAGCUGAUGGCCAGAGUGGAGGAGCACAGCCCCUACGUCGUCGUUGCCUUCCAGGAGUGUGAGCGGAUGAACAUCCUCACCGGAGAGAUCCAGCGCUCGCUGAGGGAGCUGGCCCUCGGCUUAAAGGGGGAGCUGACCAUGACCAGCGACAUGGAGAACUUACAGAACGCCCUGUACCUAGACACGGUGCCAGAGCCCUGGGCCAGGCGAGCCUACCCCUCCACGGCAGGCCUGGGAGCCUGGUUUGCGGACCUCCUCGACCGAAUCAAAGAGUUGGAGGCCUGGAUAGGAGACUUCGCCAUGCCUGCCACGGUGUGGCUGACAGGCUUCUUCAACCCCCAGUCCUUCCUGACCGCCAUCAUGCAGUCCACGGCCCGCAAGAACGAGUGGCCACUGGACCAGAUGGCCCUGCAGUGUGACGUGACAAAGAAGAACAGGGAGGACUUCAGGAGCGCCCCUCGGGAGGGGGCCUACAUCCAUGGCCUCUUUGUGGAAGGCGCUCGCUGGGACGUACAGGCAGGGGUCAUUACGGAGGCGAAGCUGAAGGACCUGACACCCCCCAUGCCCGUGAUGUUCAUCAAGGCCAUUCCUGCGGAUAAACAGGACAGCCGCAGCGUCUAUCCUUGUCCCGUGUACAAGACUUGCCAGCGGGGACCCACCUACGUGUGGACUUUCAACCUGAAGACCAAGGAGAAGGCAUCUAAGUGGGUUCUUGCUGGAGUCGCUUUGCUUCUCCAGAUUUAGCCACUGAGAACACAAGACUGGGCUGGAAGCUGCCCAGAGGGACAAGGCGGGGAGGGGUGACACAGACGCAUAGAUAAGAAAUCACAUGUACUUGGGGCACCUGGCUGGCUCAGUCGGUUAAGUAUCUGACCUCGGCUCAGGUCAUGAUC